AUGCCAAAUUUCACGGAUGUCACAGAGUUUCUCCUCGUGGGGUUGACGCGCCGGCAGGAGCUCCGGGUGCUGUUUUUUGUAGUGUUCCUCUUAGUGUACGUGAUCACCCUGCUAGGGAAUAUUGGUAUGAUCAUUGUGAUCAGCAUCAGCCCCCAGCUGCAGAGCCCCAUGUACUUCUUCCUGAGCCACCUGUCCUUUGUGGACGUGUGGUUCUCCACGAAUGUGACCCCCAAAAUGCUCGAAAACCUCCUGUCACAGACGAAAACCAUCUCCUACGUGGGCUGUCUGGUGCAGUGCUACUUUUUCAUCGCCCUGGUCCACGUGGAGGUCUAUAUCCUGGCAGUGAUGGCCUUCGAUCGCUACAUGGCCAUCUGCAACCCUCUGCUGUAUGGGAGCAGGAUGUCCAGGACGGUGUGCGUGCGGCUGGUCUCCGUGCCUUACCUCUACGGCUUCUCCGUGAGUCUGGUGUGCACCCUGUGGACCUACGGGCUGUCCUUCUGCGGAAACCUUGAAAUCAAUCACUUCUACUGCGCAGACCCGCCCCUCAUCAAGAUCGCCUGCGGAGGAGUGCACAUCAAGGAGUACACCAUGAUCGUCAUUGCGGGCAUCAACUUCACCUACUCGCUGUCCGUGGUCCUGAUCUCCUACACCCUCAUCGUCGUGGCCGUGCUGCGCAUGCGCUCGGCAGAGGGGCGGAGGAAGGCCUUCUCCACCUGCGGGUCGCACCUGACCGCUGUGUCCAUGUUCUAUGGAACCCUCAUCUUCAUGUACCUGCGGAGGCCCACCGAGGAGUCGGUGGAGCAGGGCAAGAUGGUGGCCGUGUUCUACACCACGGUGAUCCCCAUGCUGAACCCCAUGAUCUACAGCCUGAGAAACAAGGAUGUGAAGGAGGCAGUGCAGAAGGCGGUGGCCAAGGCCAGCUUGGCCUCGUGA